AUGUGUGCGAGACAUCUGAUGGCCAUCUGGACGGGCCAGUUCUCAUGCGCACGGCAUUCCAACUAUGAACCACCGCCUUUGCCACCUCUACAAUUCGAACUAAAUAUUGGUGACUUUCUCUCCGAAUUCGACGCCAUUUCAUUGGUUGAGCAUCUCGACGCGGUUAUCUCGAAAUUCAAGGAUGCAACGAAAUCGUCGUUGCGGCGGCUUCACUAUGUCACCACUGUCGCUUUGCCUGAGGCAAUCAUCUUUGCAAUCACACAGAUUCGUUAUUGCUCUGGAAGAGAAGCAAACGAAAUUUUCAAAAAUGCGGUCCAAAAAACCGAGGAAAAAUCGCCUAGUGAAGUCGGCGAAGAAAUCAGUGCAACGUAA